GCUGUCUUGGAGUUCGGUUAAGGGGUUCUUUUAAAAAUUCGUUGCGAUUUUCGAUGAUUAACUUUGCAACCGCUGAUUUUCACGUAAUUCUUAUACGUAACUAAUUUAAUUGUGUUAAUAUUGUGUAAUUUGUGGUUCUUAAUUUACUUUGAGACUUUCCUUAAAUAUAUACCAAUUGCAUUUACACGGACCCUGUACUCGCCAGUUUACGGGCUGGAUAUGUUUGUAUAUUUAUCAUUCGUUCAAUUAAGCUGUCACGAUUCCUAAAACGCGUCAAAAAACGCCGAGAUGUGUCCGAAAGCGAAGAGAUAAGAAAUAUAGAAAGGACAAAAGUCCCACUAUGUUCUCACUAGGUGAGGGAUGCGGAUGUGUCAGUUUUCGAGGGGGGCGUCGUGCGCGCUCCAUGGGAGACGACUCUUCCUCGUGUCGGAGUUCUGAAAUAGAACAAGAAGUGCCAAAGAAGCUAAGCAAAAGACUGCUUAACGGCGAAUGCACUAUGAAGGCUCUUGCACCGUUCUUGAAGUUUUGGAAGAGAGAUACCGUCAGCAUGACCAAGGCUGAAAGAACAAUGAAAGCCGCUAUACUAAUUCAACAAUGGUAUCGGCGGUACUUGGCCCGCAUGGAGGUGCGCAGGCGCUAUACUUGGACAAUUUUUCAAAGCAUCGAAUACGCUGGGGAGCAGGAUCAAGUAAAAUUGUACAACUUCUUUAAUGCGCUGCUGAGUCAUAUGAGGGAAACGAGUGGAAGGCCGUCCUCUGAAAGAACAUCUAGGACAGCGUCUGUCAUGGAGCAGGUUUUCUCUGAGGAGUCAGACGAAGGGGGGGGUGUCGAUGAGACAGCUCCACCUAAGCACUCUCGAGGUCCUGAUCUGGAGUUCCCUUUACAGAGAAAAGACAUUGACCUGCUGAUUGAGGCAUUUAGGAAGAAGAAACAUCGCCUGCACCCGAAGCAAGUAGCGCAAAUAUUAAAGGAGGCUUCACAGAUGUUAAAGAGGUUACCCAAUAUAAAUGUAGCAACAACAUCAAUUUCCAGUCAGAUCACUAUCUGUGGUGACUUGCAUGGCAAGUUGGACGAUUUACUUGUUAUAUUUCAUAAGAACGGACUACCUUCGCCUGAAAAUCCAUACAUAUUCAAUGGGGACUUCGUGGAUCGGGGCAAGAAGGGGUUGGAAGUUUUUCUCCUGCUGCUGGCGUGCAUGUUGGCGUUCCCCGGGGGAGUAUAUUUAAAUCGAGGCAACCACGAGGAUCUUAUUAUGAAUUCCCGGUAUGGGUUUAUAAGAGAAGUUCAUCAAAAAUACAGGCACAAUGCAGAGCGUUUAUUGAAAUUAAUUGAGAAUGUAUACCGUUGGUUGCCUUUGGGAACGAUCAUCAAUAACCGCGUAUUCGUGGUACACGGAGGUAUUUCAGACACCACAGACCUGGAUAUGGUGCGAAGCCUCGAAAGGGAUAAGUAUGUAUCUCUCCUUCGACCGCCGGUGAAUGAAGGUGCCUCCCCCGCAGAAGUAAUUGAUAAGGUGGAAUGGAAGCAGGUAUUUGAUAUCCUCUGGUCGGAUCCGCAAAGCGUUGGCGGGUGUGUUGCGAACGCCCUGCGCGGAGCUGGCACGUACUUCGGUCCAGAUGUCACUGCUACUUUUCUGAGCAAGAACAAACUCAGCUUCAUAGUCAGAAGUCACGAGUGUAAGCCUGGUGGCUACGAGAUACUACAUAAUGGAAAUGUUAUUACAAUAUUUUCUGCAUCCAACUACUACGAACUGGGAUCAAACAAAGGCGCUUACCUAAAGCUCUGCGGCAACUCCUUGGAUAGGCAGUUUGUGCAGUACACUGCUGCGGUGUCUCGCACUCGUCGACUCACGUUCCGCCAACGUGUGGGCUUGGUGGAGUCGUCAGCCAUGAGGGAAUUGCAUAGCCAUAUCAUGAUGGCACGUAGAACACUAGAAGCUACUUUUAGGAGCAUGGACUUAGAUCAGAGUGGUUUUAUUUCAAUAAGUGACUGGUGCUACGCCAUGGAGGAGACGACCCACCUUGGACUUCCGUGGCGUAUGCUAAAGGACAAGCUCGUGCGCACCGAUCCCGAGACGCGCCGGGUGCGCUAUAUGGACACUUUCGACAUACCGACUAAUAAAGUUGGACGAAAGUCCGACACUCAAACUGUCGUCGAAACGCUCUACAAAAAUAAAAGAAGCUUAGAGGCAAUAUUUAAAAUUCUCGACAAGGACAAUUCAGGUUAUAUAACCCUGGAAGAAUUUUCCGAAGCAUGUCAAUUGUUGGGCAAAUAUAUGCCGAACCCAAUGACUCAAGAGCAGCUUGUCGAUAUAUGUCGUUUGAUGGACAUUAACAAGGACGGCUUAGUUGAUCUCAACGAGUUCCUCGAAAGCUUCAGGCUCGCUGAGAAAAGCUUGCACGAGGACGAGAAUACAUUAGCGGAGUUACAGGCCACCUGACAGGAGCUAGACCGUUGUCCUAGCAGGACAGCGGUCGAUAAAGACGAAAUCGGAGUCGAUAUUGAAUUGUUGAAAAUAGACGUCGAACAAACACCGAAGUAUAAGAAAAAUGGCCGAGCACCUCUAAUGGGAGAAUGCUCGAACUCCUCGAGGGAUAUAGAGGAAAUAGAAUUAACGGAUUACGCGAGGCCAAAACGAGCCGGCCUCUUGGAGAGCGAUAUUUAAGGACACUGCCUGAACCGGGCUUUAACGACAUUUCGCAUUUUAUGCCCCAGUACUUAAGGAUGAUCGUUCGUCGAGAUUAUAACUUCAAGCAACAGUAAUUGAACGGGAUAUUACACACUCAUCACGAUAUUUUUACUUCUAAACAUACAUUCGUAAGCAUAAAGACCAAAUAAUGUAUAAAAUUGUGGCGAGCACUUACUCAUAUCUAGUUAUCAUAAAUAAAUCAGCAUAUUUUUUUUUUUUUUU